AUGUCUCACGAAGACGUCAAAAAAGAGCAAGCCGCCGACGCGCGAAAGAUCAAGGAUCUCGCGAACAAAGACGCGACGUUCGGGAUGACGAAAGGAGCGGCGAUGAAUCGUAAGCAUGAAGUUGCCAUGCAACGGUUGCGGGACAUGAAUGACCCGACGACGGAACUCGGGAAAGCGACGCUCAGGGCGGCGAAGAAGAAGGCCAAGGAGCAGCAAGAGUUUUUGUUGCGAACGAAGGGCAUAGACGUGAAACAACCGGAAUUACAGCCAGGAGUGGACCCGAAGACGGUGCUUUGCGAGUUUUUCAAGCACGGUUGCUGCGCGAAGACGGCGGAUAAGUGCAAGUACUCGCACCAGUUGGAUAUCGCGACGCGGCAGCAGAAGCGAAGCGCGUUCGAGUUGCCGAGCGAGGACUCCAUCGAGAUGUGGGAUCAGAAAAAGCUCGAAGCUGUCAUCGCGCGAAAGCACGGGCAGGAAGCGAACACAAACAAUGAAACGACGAUCGUGUGUAAGCAUUUCUUGGAUGCGGUUGAGAAGAAGCUUUAUGGAUGGUUUUGGCACUGCCCGGGCGGUGCGGACUGCAAGUACAAGCAUAAGCUGCCGCCGGGUUUCGUGUUCAAGAGCGAGCUUCGCGAGAGAUUGCUCGAAGAAGCUCGCGCGAGAAAGACCGACCAAGACAUUCUACGCGAGAAACUGAUCGCGCUGAAGAAGAGCGGGAAGAACACGACGCCGAUGACGCUGGAUGUGUAUUUGGAGUGGAAGAAAGAGCGCGUCGACAAGAUCAAAGCCACUGUGGAGGCUUCGAGGGAGGAGCGCAUCAAGAACAACUUGCUCACGGGGCGUGAGAUUAUU